AUGCGGUCCAGUUCGUUAGAGCUGAACAAUAUGCUGCAGUACGUGCACUUGGAUGAGAAGUGGUUUUACUUCACCAAGGUCAGCCCGCAACGUGACAAUGUGAACCGUAAAGCUGGAACCCUCGAAACCAAGUCAGUCGUCGUGACAAAGGACGUGUACCGUACCGUCUUGCUGGAAAAGCACGACAAUGCCCGAGCUCAUGUUACGCCAUCGGACCCCGAGCUCCAAUCCGCCUUCAACACGUACCGGUCGUUGGGCUGGAUGAUGUCCCUCGCCCCGCAGCCGCCAAACUCUCCGGACACAAACGUCUUGGAUCUCGGUUUCUUUGCGGCCAUCCAAUCCCUACAACACCGCAAGUCAGCGCGCACAAUUGACGAGCUCGUUGGCCACGAGGAGACCUUGAAGCUGUUCGGCGGCAAUGGCUAUAAGGUGCCACACAUGUCUAAGCACAAGGAAGAGCGCAAGGGGAUGUUACCGGAGAACGUGUUGGUCCCGAGCGAUGUCUUCGAUGCAGCCACGGUCAAGUUGGACGGGAUGACGUCUGCUGAGCUGCGUCGUGUCCUGACAGCGGAAGUUGAAGACGCUCGUUGCAUCGACGAGUUCGCGCAGGCACUCGAAGCAGCUGCGCUGGGCGACGAGGAGUCGGACGACAUGAUCACAGUCCUAGGUGAAGCAGGAAUCGAUCCAAUCAGUGUGGAAGAUGACGAGUAA